UCUGCAAGCCACCCUAGGCAGUGGAGCAGACAUGGAACCUCGAGGUGCCCCGUUCCUGGCAGUGGUCCUUGUGUUGGGGCUGUGUACCCUGGUAGAGGGCGAGAAACCUUCUCCCUGCCAAUGCUCAAGGCUGAGCCCUCACAACAGGAAGAACUGUGGUUUCCCCGGCAUCACCAGUGACCAGUGCUUUGACCUUGGAUGCUGUUUUGACUCCACCGUCCCAGGGGUCCCCUGGUGCUUCAACCCCCUUCCCAGCCAAGCGUCAGAGCAGUGUGUCAUGGAAGUGUCAGCCCGUAAGAACUGUGGGUACCCGGGCAUCAGCCCUGAGGACUGUGCCUCUCGCCAGUGCUGCUUUUCUGAUGUGAUCCCUGAGGUGCCCUGGUGCUUCUUCCCACAGUCAGUUCAAGAUUGUCAUUACUGAGAGACGCUGCUGACCCCUACC